AUGGCCGACGUCCGAUCGCUACUUCGCAGCGAAUUAGCUUCCCGCAAGGGCACAUCUCAACCAAAUGCGACAGCAAAUCGGAUCACUAAAAAGCGCAAGGUCGACAGUGGAGAUGGAGUAAUGCGAAAGAAGAUACGCGCCGCUGAAGUAGACGCAUUGCGGUCUACCUCUGUCGCACUAAGCACCGAAAAUACUCCAAAGGAAGAAGGUUCGGGACAAGUCGAGGAUGAUGUCGCCGGCCCAGAAUUUCCCGACAAUGAACAACAAGAGACUGUUGAGCCAGCCGCAGACCUCGCAGAAGAACCAACUACGCAACCACCCCAAGAUCCAUCCACGCCUAUUGACGAAGAAGCAUGGGCAGCAUUUGAACGCGAGGUCGCCGCGCAGUCUGAUGAGCCCCAUGCACCAGUCGCCGUUACAGCUGAGGCUACUAUAUCUGCAGCCCCAGUGACAGCUGCAGAACUCGCUGCGCAGCAAGAGAGAUCCAAGGCAUCCUCAGCCCGCACUCGUGAGACAGAGAUGGAAGGAGAGCGAGAGGAUGCCGCACGGCUGUUGGAGGAAGAGUUUGAUGAGAUGGAUCAGUUGGAGGAGCGGGUGCGAAGACUCAAAGAAAAACGCGAGGAGCUGCGGAAAGCCCGUGCCGAAGGUCAAACACAGGACGAACCGAUGGUAUCUGGCGCAGUGGAGCAGGAUGAGAGUGAGAGUGAAGAUGAUGACGACGAGGAUUGGGAUGAUUGGAGAUUUAAAUGA